GUGGGCCGCCUGCCCGUGGCUAACGCGGUCCCGCCGGUCAGCAACGCCGGGCAGUCUCACCUCCCUCGCCUCCUUCCUUCCUUUCCCACCCUUCUCUCUACACCAGAACUUAAACUCUCCCCACGAUUCACAGCACGGUCAUUGCUCUUGGUUGGGGGCGCCACCCUCUCUCUCUCUCUCUCUUCUCUCUGCCCCCAACGUUUUUUUCUUCUCUCUCCUGUUUCUCUCUCUUCCUCUCUCUCUUUACCCCUCUCUGGGGUACUCAGUCCAGGGGGAAACUGAGAGGGAGGGUGGUGCUCUUUGUUGGUUAAUGGGAGUUUAAGGAGGGAGGGAGAGAGAGAUAGAGAGAAUAGGAGAGGGCAGAGAGAGAGAGAAAGAGGGAGAGAGAGAGAGAGAUAUGGGUCAGGGAAUGAGUUGCGGGGUGAGCCAUGAACAUGGCUUGCUGAGUGCAGUGGAAGAAGGUGAUUUGGAGAUGGUGGCGGCCUUGUUGGACGCCCAGCCCUGGCUGCUGCAUCAGACCACCCCUUAUGACAGGCUCUCCGCGUUGCAUAUCGCUUCUGCCAAUGGUCAGAUCGAGGUUCUUACUUGGUUGUUGGAUCGAUCGGUUCACCCUGACUUGUUGAAUCGUCAUAAGCAGACUCCACUGAUGUUGGCAGCAAUGAAGGGGAAGAUCUCUUGUGUGCAGAAGUUACUGCAAGCUGGUGCAAAUAUCUUGAAGUUUGAUUCUUCACGCGGAAGAACAUGCUUGCACUAUGCUGCAUAUUAUGGACACGCCGAUUGCUUACAGGCCAUUCUUUCAGCCGCUCAUUCCACCCCCAUUGCAGAUUCUUGGGGAUUCGCAAGAUUUGUUAAUGUUAGAGAUGGAAGUGGAGCCACACCGUUGCAUUUAGCUGCUCGGGCAGGCAGGCCUGAAUGUGUGCAUAUUCUAUUGGAUAAUGGGGGCCUUGUUUGUGCGUCCACCGGGGGAAACGGUGAACCAGGGAGCACUCCCUUGCAUUUGGCUGCCAGAGGAGGGUCCUUGGACUGCAUCCGUGAGCUGCUUGCUUGGGGCGCCGAUCGUCUUCAGCGAGAUUCUUCUGGGAGAAUACCAUAUGCAGUUGCAUUGAAGCAUAACCGUGGGGCAUGUGCAGCACUGCUUAACCCUACCUCUGCAGAACCACUAGUUUGGCCUUCACCCUUGAAGUUCAUCAGUGAGCUUAAUCCAGAUGCAAAAGCCCUUCUUGAGAGGGCUCUCAUGGAGGCUAACAGAGCAAGGGAGAAGACCAUCUUAAAAGGGACAGCUUAUUCAUCGCAGUCCCCCGAUCAUUCAGACAACUAUGUGGAGGAUGACAUGUCCGAGGAUAGCGAUCUGGAGCUCUGCUGCAUUUGCUUUGAGCAGGUCUGCACAAUUGAGGUUCAAGACUGUGGACAUCAGAUGUGCGCUCACUGCACACUAGCUCUUUGUUGCCACAGCAAACCAAACCCAGUGACCACCUGCUUGCCUGCACCCUUAUGCCCCUUUUGUCGCAGCAACAUUGCACAGCUUACUGUUGCCAAGAUCAAGACAGAUGGUAAAGAGAAGGAUGGUGUGUGCAGAAACCGCAGCUUGAGAAGAUCAAGGAACUUAAGUGAGGGAAGCAGCAGCUUUAAAGGUCUGUCUGCUAUGGGUUCGUUUGGAAAAGGUUGUACUCGAGGCUCUGGUAGGAUUACCGACAGCAGUGAAUGGUUGGAUAAGCCUUGAUGUAUGGCACUGGCUUCUCUAGUAUUCUUGCAGUGGAAGAAAAUGCUUUGUUGUUUGAUCAGAUUGGAGUUCAUGCGUUCAGAUUUUGAUUUGUUCUUUUCCCGGAGACUUUGGGUACAGAGUAAGUUGGGGGAUCUAUGAAAUAAGCCAAGUUGGUGGUAUAAUUUAGCUGCUCCCAGGGCCUUGAAAAUGUGGCCUUUGAAGAAAGCGAAUCGUGAAGCUGAGGCAAUAUGUACUUUUGUCUACUCAAUAUGAAAGGUGUUGUUCAAAAGUUUAAGAAACCUGGAGUGAUCUCUCCAUUUUGUGUUCA